UUUGCAACACCUAUAAAUCCAAAUCCAACCAAGAAUUGAGGAAUAUUCUUUCUCUCUCGAAACAGAAUUGUUCUCUUUUUCUCUCUCUUCUCUCUUCAACGCAGCGUAGAUAAGGCAGAGAAGAGAAGAGAAAGAAACAGAGAAGAAAAACAACGACCCUUGCUUCAAAACAAUGGCAAAAAACGGCGACACCAUUGAAAUCAUUAACGUAAACAAACCUAUGCCUGUGCAAUCCAAAUUUCCGUUAAGCUUUUUUGAAACAACGGUGGCUUCAACGGUAGCUUUGGGCUUUAUAUUGGGUCUUCUUGGUGUUUAUCUUACCAUGCCAGAUUCAGAUUAUAGCUUCCUUAAACUACCUCGUACCCUUCAUGAUCUUCAGCUUCUUAGAGAUAACCUUGAGAGCUAUACAAGUGACUACACUGCACAAGUCUUGGUGGGAUACUGCGUGGUUUAUAUUUUCAUGCAGACUUUCAUGAUUCCAGGGACUGUGUUCAUGUCAUUGCUUGCCGGAGCACUCUUUGGUGUCUUUAAAGGUGUGGCUCUUGUUGUAUUCACUGCCACAGCGGGAGCUUCUUCGUGUUUUUUCCUGUCAAAAAUUAUCGGACGACCCCUUCUCUUCUCUCUCUGGCCAGACAAGUUGAAGUUCUUCCAAACCCAGGUGGCUAAAAGAAGAAAGAGUUUGCUGAACUACAUGCUUUUUCUGAGAUUGACUCCGACUCUUCCCAACACGUUUAUUAAUUUUGCAUCACCAAUUGUGGAUGUUCCCUAUCAUAUUUUCUUCCUUGGAACUGUCAUUGGACUCAUACCUGCUGCUUAUGUCACAGUCAGGGCAGGGUUAGCUCUUGGAGAGCUACAAUCUGUGGGAGAUCUCUAUGAUUUCAACUCAAUCGCUACAUUAUUCUUCAUAGGCAUUAUUUCAGUUACACCAACACUAAUGGGCAAGAGCGAUUCAUAAGAGUUCAGAAGCCACAAAUCAUGUUCAUGGAAGGCCUUGUUCUCCUAACAGGCCAAUACCAGCUCCAGUAUGUGUACAGAUCCUCAGAAAACUAUUGCAACGUGGUUCUCCGCUAUUGAUUUCACUGCCAAGUGCUGCAGUAAUUCAAGACAAUCAUAUUAUUGACGCCGGUGGCAAGAAAGACGUUUGGAAGAAUCAAUCUUAUGCACAUUGUUCAUAAUCUGUUAUGUAAAAAAAUUACGGUUGUUGACUAGUAGUUCCGUUUAUCACGUGUUUUUCCAUUCACAAUAAUGUAGUUCAUUCCAUUAAAAAAAGUGUAGUUCAUUCAAAGUGUUUUCCUGAUAUUUCCUAUCUUUAGGAUCCAUUUCAGUUGUACAUUAAAAUUUUAUUGUACAAAUGUCUUAUUGCUGGGUGUUUCGUGUAAGAGAAAAGUAAGGGAAGGCUUUAAAGAAAAGUAAUGGAAGGUUAGUGAAA